AAAUUCCUUGUAUUUUUCAAUAACAAACUGAUUAAUAAACCAGUGUUAAAUUCAAAAAGACUUGGAUACGUACAAGGAGUCCCACAAGUUUAAUGGGAAACUAUUAUCCCAUUUGUUUAUAAUAUAAUAUAUUAAUGCAUAUUAAAGCAGUAAGACUUAUGUUAAAAUCCGCAAUCCGAUUAAUUAAUAUGAAUCUGAUAUAACUUGUAUUGCCUAAAUUUUGUUGUUAACUGUAUAAGAAUUUAAACGUGUGGGACACAGGAUACCUUAAUUUCCUAUGACGACCGUUUGUUAUUUCCCUUAUUUUAUUCUGUUAAUAAUACAUAUACAAUUGUGUCAUGAAAUAAAUAUUGUAUUGAGGAGUAUUAACGAAACAAAUUUCGAAAAUGUCACUGGUAGGAACACAAGUAGUACCGUCUUUAAUGGUAUUUUUCAAUGAAGGGAACGCUGGUGAUAUAGAAGAAUUAUCAAAUGCAGACUUGAUGAAAUAUGUGGACGAACUUGAUAAAGAAGUCGUGUACAUGGAAAUUGAAAAUGAGGUUUUCGAGUGUUAUUUAUCAAAAAAUGAACCAUUAUUAUUAGUCGGUUAUUAUCAGUACAUUCGUAUUCUAACAAACGAAGAUAAUUCUAGUGAUCAGCAGUUAUCAUCAUCUCCUAGCAAACUGCACAUGGACAUAUCUUUAACUGCAUUAUUUGGUCGAAAACCUGAUUCUAGAUCGGCUACAACUCCAGAAAAACCCUAUCGAUUAAAUUUGAGUACCAAAAUGGAGCUUGUUAUGAACGAAUUAGAAGAAAGAAAAAGUAGUUUUGAGGAAAUGGUAAAAAAAACGCGCAAAAAAAAGAGCGAUUUGAAAGCAGAACUAGAAGAGGUAAAAAUACGUACAGCUGAAGUUGAAGAGGCACUUAACACCUUUGAAAAAGUUGUAGUUAUUGAAGGAAAGGAUCCUCUCACACAAAGAAUUCCAGCAGAAAGAUUUAUAAGGUUCAUGGAGGAGUGGUUAAGAAAAGCCGACGUUACUAUAGGAAAAAUGCGACUGAGAACGUCUACUUUGAAAACUCAGUUCAGAAAAGUUGCACAUUUAAUUUCUCAAAAAAAAUAUUUGGGAGAAACAGUUCAUGCAGUGGAUUUUGACAAAAUUCGUAUAGAGAAUACGUAUCUCAUGGAAAAAAUUGAGCAAAAAACAGCGCAUAUGUUGGAAUUGAAACAAAUUAACGGAGAAGCAAAUCUAAUGCUCGCCAAUUUUAAAAAAUAUUUGCUCAAACAAAUGAGUGAACUGGAUAAAGUUAAAAAGGAAAUAAUGGAAAACGAACGAAAAAUAAAAGACCUAGAAACUCAAGGUAAUCUGGCAGAACAAGAAGUUGAAAAACAAGAAGAAAAAUUACAAAAAAUGAUGUAUAUCACGGAACAUUAUAAAGUACCCGAAGUUAUACAGUAUGUUAAAAAGAAAGCAGAACUUUUGGAUUUAAAAAAAAGUUAUAAAACAUGGAUUAGAAAAAAUAAACUUGAAAUGUAUAGUCUAAAUCAAAUUAUCGAAAAAAUGAAAAAGUUAACUGGUUCAAAGAAACAACGGCAGUCCUGGUUUAGCCUUCAAUCAACUUAUUCGGGGCUCACACUCGCUUCAGAUGACUAUUUCGGUCUUCCUAUUCCCGACAAAAACGAAGAUGACUAUAUAUACUAAUAAGUUUUUUAAUUGAGAUUAAAUAUAUUAUAAAUAGAAAGAAACCUGAAACUACAAAUACAAAAUUGAUUUGACCUUUACUUACAAUUAGUUGUGGUUUUCAUAAAAGUUAUAACAGGUACCUUAAUUUUAAAUAUUUUCCCCUAAUUUUUUGUAAUGUAUCUAUGU